ACCACCAAAUCCGUGCAACGCGUGUUACUUAAUAACUGUAUUUACGACUUACAUCAGAAUGGCAGAACAGGCGCCAGAUUCUUCCGCGCGCCCGGCAGUGGCUGGUGUUGUUAACAAUGCAGUCGAAAAUUCUCGAGUAACUGGCCCAGUUGCUCGAGAGCAGUAUCCGUACCAAGUUGUUGGAUUUAUGAAACAACAUCAGCAACUUCCAGCGUUACAACCGCAAUUUCCGACGAAUGUGCCAAUUGAAGGUCAACAGGCACAGCCGGAAAUAUUACGUCUUGAGGAGUAUUUUAAAAGCUUUGGGGAUCAAGGAGCCUCUGGUCCACAACACCCUCCACAGCCAUUAAAUCCAGCAAUUCUCUUCCAACAUCCGGUGUCCUUAGCGAAUUCCCCGCAAUAUCAGCAAGGAAUGGACAGUCGGAAUGCUAACUGCGGUCGGAUGUAUAGUGCCCAGAAUAUUCCCUGGUGUGGAGCUCCUAUGGAUGUUAAUUUGCAUUCGCCAUCUUCUCCGUUGCCGAGUCGCAUUCGGCUGGAUGCAAUUUACCUUGCUGAAGUGGAAUUAGAGAAACUGUUGUGCGAUCUUCGAAGUUUAUCCGGCGAGAAUCAGAAUUCGAAAAGCGUGGCGUUUGAGAUCCUAAAGAAUGUUGCCGCGCAUGAGUACUUAAAAGGGUUUACCAUAGCUGAGAAAUUGGUUGCCUUUCGAGACAUUAGACAGCACCACCAAUCUGGCGUUCCUAAGCGGGGUGGCCCUACGGAGUAUUUUUCUGGGUAAAUCAGAUUGUUGUCAAUCGAUUAAAGUUUACUUGAUGUAACAUCUAGAAUUGCGAUAAUUUUAUCAUUGAUCAUGAAACUGUUAUCACCUUUGCGUGUCUUGCGUGGUAAUCAUGAAUAAAAACGACAUCCUA